AUGGCACAAUGUGUUAUGGGUGGGGAUGGGCAGGAACAUGGGCCAGUGUUCCUGAUGGAGCCACCACCGCGUCUUGUCUUCUCAAAUAGUACUGGUUCUAGAGUCUCCUGCGCAGCACAUGGCUUUCCCUCACCGCAGAUAUCCUGGCAGCUACCGGAUGGCACGCAGCUUGAUGAUGCGCCAGGACUAAGGUUAGGAAGAUUGUACUUAUUUUUAAAUAACUUACAUUUUAUUAAGUUACCUAGAUACGCCUAUAGAAAUGAAAGGCUGUCAAAGCACUAA